GAAACGGGACAAAUGGUUGAAUGGGAAAACAACAUUUUUUGAAGAAGUUUUUAUUAGAUUUAUCAGCUAAAGCAAAACUUAUGAGCGUUUAAAUUUAAUAAAACUGGAUUGUUUUGGUUUCAUUUUGUUCACAUAAUGGUUGACAUCUACGACAAUUUAGAAAAUUACGAGGAAAUCCUCGGAUAUGAUCGGCUUAAAGCAGAAAAUAAGGAAUUGAAACAAAAAAUUGGAGAACAUGAAUCUGCCCUGGCAAAAUUACAAAAGGAAAUCUUGCAGGAUUUUGAUGACUUGACAACUGAGCACCAGCGCCUGCUUGCCAACUACUCCUCACUGCUGAAAACCGCCCGAGCAGAGAUUGAACGGAAGACUCAAGUCAUUACUAACAUUAAUAAUGAGAAGGAUCAGUUGUUUCUAAAGUUUCUAAGUGAUUCAACAAACAAAAAUCCAGCACAGGGGAAAAGGGGUGGAAAGAGGAAGGCAAAAACAAAAGAAGGCAUCCCACCUCCAUGCAAGCCCCCUGCUGAGGAAUCACUUCUAAAUAAGGAAGCACUUAUACAAAACAAAAGCAAAGAUGACCACUCAAAGGAACAGACCACGCCCACACAAGAUAGAGCUCAAAAACAGCAAGUGGCCCUCAGGACUCUUAUUAAAGACAAGAACAAAGAAAAUAAAAGUUCCGGUGUUGUUCCCUGCAGUAUUGCCUCAAGGCGGAAAUCUGCGCCAAUAUCACGUCUCGACCACCCAGUAUUCAGUUCUGAUGAAGAAGACGAAACAAAAUCACCAGCUAUUCCACCAAGAGAUGAGCCAGAUGUAGUUUCUGAAAGAUUCAUAGAGAAUAGAUUAAAACAGAUAGCCAGUGAAGUUUGUGUCUUGGACAAUAGAGAUCAUCACCAAAGAGAGUCUCAAAGAGAAAGUCUGAUAGAUAGACCCACUAGGUAUAGUCGGGAGCAAGAGACACGUGAUUGGUACAGAGACAGGGAUAGGUACGAUGAUAAGUCGAGAGACAGGGAUAGAAGGAGAAGCAGUAAUGAGCGUCCACUACGCGGUCGACCGACUUACAGAGAAACUAAUGAACGAUACAGGAACGAUAAUAGCAGACACAGAGCCAGUCCCCCCAGAGGUAACUAUCAAAGAAAUAAAAGUCGAGAUAGAAGGCGAGAGUUCUUUGAAAGGGAGAGACAGGAACCUGAAUUUGAUAGAUACAGGAAGCCAUUUCACCACGAGCAACCAGUCAAACACAAAUACCACGAUGAGUAUGAAGGGUCAGGAACGAAGCACAAGCACUAUGAUGAUUAUGAAGAGCCGGUGUUGAAACGGCGAAGGACUGACUCGAGAAAUGCCGACGAGUACUCAAAAGAUUCUGCGCAACCUCACGAUAAGAUGUAUCAUCAGUGGAGACACACUUCUUGUCAAUCACCGGAUGAAGUAUUUGUAGAUACCGUAUUGCCAUCCCAUCCCAUAAGAGAAAUAAUGGGUACUUCUGAAAUUCCACAACCAGAUCCACGAUUCUUAAGUAGUAAAUAUGUGGACGUAAAUGAUGGUAACAAAAAGAUGAGACUGUCCGCUUCAGCUGCUCAAGUAAAAUUGAGUAAAGUGGGUCCUUGGACUAACUCUACAAAAGACCAAAGAGCGCCAGAUAUAAGAGAAGCUAUACCUCAUAAAGAAUACAGUAGGGUAGACCACAAUCUAGCCAACGAUUCCAUGGAGUCUGGUGAAAUAAAUGAUAUUGAUAUUUACUCAGACAUAUUUACUGAUCGUGACCAUAUACCAUCGAAAUUAGCAGAAGAUGCAAAUAAUUGUGACUCCGGAGAUACGAAAAGGGACAUUCCUGCAAAAAAGGCUGCAAUAGAAAUACAUACGAAAAAUGAAUCGGGUCAAAACAUAAACUCAUGUCUCGAACCUCAUAUGAAAGUAAAUACUACUGAAAAACCAAUCGAAAGUGAGAAAAAACGCAUAAUAAACAUAAGAAAUUAUAAAAUUCGGAAAAUAUCUAAACCGGAAUCAACAUUAAAUACAAUCAGCGAAGAAAAACAUUCAAAUAUAAAUGCCGUUCCCAAGCCAUUAGAAGUUCUAUAUAAUGAGCUUUCUGAAAGUGAAUUGGCAAGAAAAAAAGAUAUUUCUGACGAUGUUAAACGCGUAUCUUCCUUGAAUUGCGGAAAUGAAAAUAAGACUGAUCAUAAUGAUAGUAAAUCUAAACAACUAAAACCUUACAUUCAUAAAAAUAAAACAAGUGCUGCCAAUAUUAAACUAAGACCAGAAACAAAAGAACAUCUUAGUGAACACAAAAAAGACCAUAAAACAGAGAAAGAAAAGUAUAGAGAAACCCAAAAUACCAACUCCAAGAUUCGUCCUCGCAGCAUAGCCAAUAGAAGGAAAUCGAUGCCAGCUUUCAAGCAUGAACUUCCGAGGUUGGAUAUCAAUGACGAGGUGAAUACUGUUACUCGCAAAAAUGAUUGCUUAUUUACUUUAAAUACACCUGCCAAGAAGAAUAUGGUUGCAGGAGACUUAGAAUUAAGUGAUGAAAGCAGUGAUAGCUCGGAUCUCAAUAUAAAAAUGACACAACCAAAUAUUGACAACAAGAUAGAACUGGAAGCUUCGAAACAAGAUACCAAAUCAAAAGGUAAAGAAAAGGAACCCAUAAUAAAUUUAAAAGAAACCAAAACGAAAGACAUACAAGCUAAGCUUUGUGACCUUUUCGGAGAUAGUAGUUUGAUAACACCAGAAGAUUUGGAAUUGCAGCAGCCCCUGCCCAGAGCUGACUCGGCUCGUGAUCCAACACCACUCACAUCUGCUGCUACAUCUUCACUCAGUUUCUCAAUUCUUAAAGACAAUGAUAAAUUGUCUAACGUGUCCCAUACACAAAUUGACAAUGAAACCAACAAAAUUCGCACAAGGUCUUCUGGUAAAAACAAAACUCAUGUUGAUGAUAAAAAUACCAAAUCAAGUGCACCAAUCGCUGAAGAAAAAGUAAAGUGCAACGAUGUACAUACUUCUGAAGAUAAAUCAAAGAAUGCUAAACAUAAGGAAAAAAGCGAUGAUGCACGUUGUGUGAAAACUAAAACAAAUGACGCUGCAGUCGCGGACAGCACGGUCGCUGUGGAACUGCCAUUGGAAGUCACAAUCCCGGAUAUUCCCAUAUCUGUUGAACCCACCAACAACUUAAUUAGAGUACUACCAAGUGUUGACGAAAAAGAACCAGAUGUGAUUAAAACUGUAAUUAUUUCUAGUGGGCUACAACCGCAGUGUCUUCCAACCACUAAAGAAAUAGCGGUAAACAAUGAUAAGAGCGAAGACAGUCAUUUUAAAGUAUUCCCAGGAUUAGCCACUUCCACACCUCAAAGGGAAUCCGUGAAAGUUGCUCCGAAAGACCCAGUUAGAGCACCCAGUGUUAUGUCCGAUACAAGUGACUCUAAUUGUACAGACAAGAUGGUCGAAAGUCUUGCGCCCGAAAAAUCUCUAGCUGAUACUCCGGGCAAGCCUGAAAACGCGCCUGACAUGAGAAUAUUCUUGAAACGGAAAAAGAAACGGACAAGAAAAAGCAAUCUUAGCCAGUGAAAAUUUAUCUUGCUUGGUUUUAUAUCAUAAUGUAUUUUUUUUGUUUUUAGGAAAGUUAUCCAUUAUUUUUGUUAAUUUUACUUUCCUUACUUUAAUAUCUUUUUUUUUACUUAGCAUCGAUUUAGUUGGAAAUCGGUUUUUUCUUUUAGUUAAAUGAAAUACUAGACAUAGCAGGCAAGGCCUAUUUAUGUAAAUAUUCACACAAAAAAUAAACAUAGGUAUAUAUCUUAAAAGUGGCUUUAUGAAGUAAUUAUGUAAAUAGCCAACUUUGGAACUAUCUGAUUUUGUAUGAUACGAAGAUAGAAUAACUCAUAAAUAAGGUAUGUAUGUACUUACUAUAAAAUAAAGGACACUUCAUAAGAUAAAAA